CCUCUUCCUCUUCCUCUGCAUACUAGCUGCUUUCUUAUAACGCCAACCAACCAGCCAACUAUGGGGUUAGUUAUGGCAACCACCACCUCCUCCUCGUCUCCCCUCAGCAGGAGGAAAGCGGGCGUCUCUCGUGUUUCGCUGAGGCUCUGCGUGGCAGUCCUGUUGCUCUGCAUUGCCGCAAACAGCCGUGCGGCUUCGGCUCAACCCCCGCCAGACGAGAGCAACGGCGUGAAGGAGGGUCGGGACAAGUUUUACUGCUUCCGCGGCUUCAAGAGAUGCAUGAGCGGCAUCGAGCAGUGCAUCAAGCCUGAGCAGGAGUGCAACGGUAUCAAGGACUGCGCGGAUGGGUCGGACGAGGGCCACCGCUGCAAGUCCUUCGAUUGUGUAGCUACGGGCCGGUACACGUGUCCCAGCGGACGGCUGUGUAUGAACGUAACCGCAAGCGCAGGUUACAUACGGUACACUUACUACAGGCAGUACCUGUGCGACGGCGUGAAGGACUGUGCGGAUGGGUCCGACGAAGACCCCAGCUUCUGCGCUUCGUAUGAUUGCAACACCAACGUGCCGCACAAGCCACUGCGGCAGCUGGUACCUGCUCCUCCGCCGCCACCGCACAGGCGGAGGUGUCCCAGCGGAAAGGGCGGGUGUGUGACAGAGGCAAAGCUGUGCGAUGGAGUUGCCGAUUGCGUUGGCGACGGCGGCAGCGAUGAGAGCGACAAGUACUGCAAGAAGCGCGGAUGCUCCCCUUCUUCUCUCUCCAGCUUGUUUCAAUGCAUGAGCGGCAGGUGCAUCAGUCGCCAGCUUGUGUGCGACGGUAAGAAGGAUUGCCCCGGCGGCGAUGACGAGGGGGAGUUCUGCGAGAAGAUGGACUGUCCGUACGGUCGAGUCAAAUGCGCAGGCGGGAAUAACCGCACCUGCAUCCUGUCGAGUCAGAUGUGCGACGGAGUGGAAGAUUGCCCAGGGGGAGCGGACGAAAAGCGGUGCGACGCGUCUGCCUGCGGAGCGUAUGGCUAUUCCGUGUGUCCGAGCGGCAAGGAGCGCGCUGCGUUCACAAGGUGCGACGGCGUGAAGCAGUGCAGGGACGGCUCCGACGAAGAUCCCACUCUCUGCCGCACAUACAACUGCUCCACCGGUGAAGUUAAGUGCAAGGACGGGGUCACUUGCAUCAGCCGACCGUCUCUCUGCGACGGAGUGAAGAACUGCCCUGACAAGUCGGACGAGGACCCUGUCUUCUGUCGCACACGGCACAACUGCUCCUUGGCUUCUUCUGCUUUUCCCAACUAUGGUAACAUGAAGUGCCCAGGAUCAGCCUACGUCUGGUGCACCAGCCUCAGCCAGCUCUGCAACGGAUAUCAGGGAGACUGCUACGAGGGCGAAGAUGAAAAGCCGGAGUUUUGCACAUCGGAGAAAACACGCAAUCUGCUGGGCGCAAGCGGGCGCAUCAGUUGCCGAAGUAAUAUGAGGCAGUUCACGUAUGGAUAUUAUUGCGACGGGGUGCAGCACUGUUUAGAUGGGAGCGACGAGAGUCCCGAGUUCUGCAGAGGGUACGAAUGCCCCGAAGGCAAAGUGAAGUGCUACGGCAAGUGGUGUGUCCCCGGACGCCUCUGCGACGGCAAACGCGAUUGCCCGGAUGGCUCAGACGAGAAAGGCUGCAGCACCUAGGUGAGUGACGCAAGGAAAUCGAACAGCAGCUACGUACGACAAAGCAACGGCGACAGAGCAAGCCGGA